AUGUGUGUCACAAGUUCUGUCAGUACAAGUUCUCUGUCUAUGUGUGUCACAAGUUCUGUCAGUACAAGUUCUCUGUCUAUGUGUGUCACAAGUUCUGUCAGUACAAGUUCUCUGUCUAUGUGUGUCACAAGUUCUGUCAGUACAAGUUCUCUGUCUAUGUGUGUCACAAGUUCUGUCAGUACAAGUCCUCUGUCUAUGUGUGUGACAAGUUCUGUCAGUAAAAGUUCUCUGUCUAUGUGUGUCACAAGUUCUGUCCGCAUAAGUUCUCUGUCUAUGUGUGUCACAAGUUCUGUCCGCAUAAGUUCUCUGUCUAUGUGUGUCACAAGUUCUGUCCGCAUAAGUUCUCUGUCUAUGUGUGUCACAAGUUCUGUCCGCAUAAGUUCUCUGUCUAUGUGUGUCACAAGUUCUGUCCGCAUAAGUUCUCUGUCUAUGUGUGUCACAAGUUCUGUCAGUACAAGUUCUCUGUCUAUGUGUGUCACAAGUUCUAUCCGCAUAAGUAAACUAAAGGACCCCUUUCCACGCCUUCAGGCAUACUGA